UUUACGACAUGAUAUAUACCCAGAGGCCAGAAGAUAUGAACCAAAUAGUAAACAACCGAUAAAUGCAGCUUUUUGCAUAAAGGAGCAAAUAUCGGCACAUUUCCACAGUUUAUCUGGUUUAACUGUCUCCUAAAGUUUCCUGCUUUGUUCCAUAUCCACCUGGCCCAAACAACGACCAGAAAAAAUCCCGGUUUUAAGAUAAGGGGUGAGCGGAUGAGAAUUUAGGAAUAGAAAAAGGAAAGAAUUAGAAAACUCCCCCCCUCCCCCCCAAAAAAAAAAUGAAAAUCUCGAGUCAUCGCUAAUACACAUUGCACAUGGCGCGUGUUGGUGCUCUAUCACCAAGCCAGUCUUUCCUAUGUGCCAAAACCAAACACUCCGUAUCACCUCUUUUCUAUUCUUCCGUGAGCUGUUCGAGAGACAGGGUUAGGCGGCAGUUUGGUUCAAUUAGAGCGGAGACCAUGGCCACUGAGAAACUGGGAAUCAAGAUCGAGAAGAACCCACCCGAAUCCAAGCUCACCGAACUCGGUAUCAGAAAAUGGCCCAAGUGGGGUUGCCCUCCAAGCAAAUUCCCAUGGACAUAUGAUACUAAAGAGACUUGCUAUCUGCUUGAAGGAAAAGUGAAGGUUACGCCUGAUGGGGCUUCUGAGUCGGUGGAGAUAGGUGCUGGUGACUUGGUCGAGUUCCCAAAAGGAAUGAGCUGCACUUGGGAUGUCUCAGUAGGUGUGGAUAAGCAUUAUAAUAUGGGCUAGUGACUUCCUGAAACCUUUUGCCGUAUGUUCCAGUAUAUGCACUCAUGAAGUAAAUUGGGAUAGUCUUCAUAAUGUAUGCCAUUGACUGUGAACCUAUCUGGCAUUAAUUCUGUGUAAAGUAUGAUGAACAUGUGAUUCUGAGAUUUUACAACUAGUUUCAACUUUCUGAA